AUGGCCAACUUAGCUUUCGAUGAAGACUUAAUUAUAGAACAGUUAGAUAAUUCAGACAUCGAAGGAUUCUCGGAGGAUGAUGAAGACCUGGAUCAGAACUACAAACCUUCGUCUGAGGCCGACGAUGAUGACAACUCAUCAGAUGAUGAUGGAGAUGUUACUCCCACUCCCACAUCACCAGUAGCCCAAGCAAGAAGUUGUCCAGUGCGACAAGUUGUAAAAAAUAAACCAAGGCCUGUGGGUCUGAAAAACUAUGUUAUGACCACUAGUAAUGGUCUCUUGCUUGAUUUUGAGGUUCAACAAGGCCCUACUACACCUUUUACGGAUACUACUCUAGGACAUGGACCCGCUGUGAUUCUGCGCCUUGUUCAAACACUUCCUCCAGGAAGUUCUGUUUAUUUUGAUAGGUAUUUUACCACCAUUCCUUUGCUUGAAAAACUAACUCAGAUGCAAAUUGAUGGCACGGGUACGUUACAAACAAACAGAAUUUCAAAGAAAGAUAAUCAGUUCAAAAAUCCUGACUUGAGCAAAAGUAGGCAACGCCAACUAAAAAGAGGGGAGUAUGAUGAAUACACCAGGGAUGACAAUGAAUUGUGUCUACUAAUGUGGAAGGACAGUAAAGCCAUAAUCAUGGGCUCGACUAGUACAGGAUCAGAGACAGUCGCAACUGUCAAACGAUGGAACAAGCAAACAAAGACUUAUAUUGAUGUUCAGUGCCCCGCCAUUGUAAGAAAGUAUAAUGAAUGUAUGGGGGGUGUAGACGUACUUGAUCAGAUGAUGGAGUAUUGGAGGUCCUGGCUUCGUACCAAAAAAUGGCCCUUGAAGGUGAUCAUCCACUUUUUCGACCUAGCAAUUGUGAACUCAUGGUUCGAGUACCGCUUGGCCUGUGAACUAUCUAACAUCAAGAAAAAAGAUCAAUUGCAGCUGAUGGAUUUCAGGCUGUCGAUUGCUGAGUAUCUUGUAGGUGGACCAACUCGGAAACGGACCUCAGAACAUCUAGAAGAUGCCGAAGAACCACCAAUGUGGCGUGUGAACAAAAUAGUCGCUCCAGUGGCGAAACCAUCUCAAGACAAGCGAUAUGAUGGUUACAACCAUUGGCCAUGUGUUGACAAUCUCAAGAAUCCCCACACAUGUCGACUAGAAGGUUGCAAGUCCAGAUCCAGGACCAGAUAUGAUGUCGAACUUGAGGAUGAACUAUAUGAAGGGUUGUCCCGGCUAUACACUUCCAAACUAUCAGCGUCUUCUAUGAAACCACCUAGGCCCAUGCAGCAUGACUUGAUAUCAUCUCAAUCCAAUGAAAUGCCACCAGAACCACAAAAUGAGGUAGUCAAGAUACCAGCUGAACCCCAUGGCAUUCCACCAGAACCACAGGAGGAGAUGCCAACUGAACUACAAAGUCGAGAGAACAGCUGA